CGAACGCGUGCAGUUGUGCGACUCACUUACAAACCGCCGCCGUGCCUUACCUGCGUGGCAGAGGUCACGAACGUCAAUCGUGGAAGCUGCGGAGUGGCUGAAAGAAACAGAGGAAACACGGAACUACUCUCCCUAAUCCCUCCCCCCCCCUCCCCCUUUAAAGAGCAAGAGAAGGAGAGGCAACAAAAAACACGACCUGACCUUCGACGCGGUCGCGGCGCUUUGGAGAGGUUGGUUGGACGCGGCGCGGCUGCUUAGGCUUCGCAGGCGCAGCGCACCGGACGCCAGGAUCAGUUGCUCGCCUACCACGCGCACGGAACCAUCGUCGUCUGCAAACAGCCCACCCGAAGGGAUCAAACGACCACCAAAAAAAAAAAAAUGACCACGCACCUGCAGGCUGAACGCAAGCGGAACACGGGGUCGCCGUGGCCCUGGCUGCACGUCGGGCUGCUCGGGCUGAUUGUGCUCUGUGUCGUGGGCUCGCUGCUGACGCCAUGCGACGGUGCCGGUCGUCCCGCUUCCCUAGCGGACAGUCCAGUGUACUUCGGGGGCAUCGUGCCGGCGAACGGGCGCUUCGGCAAGAAGAUCCAACACUUUCCCAACACGGACCGCUCGCUGCAUCCUUUGCCGGCCAAGGAUCGCGAACUCCACCACGCAGAACGUGAUCGUGCCGACGAUGCCUAGCGCGACCAGUAUGAGCAGCUGCACGUGCAGCCCGCAGUACGAGGAGUAGACGAAGCUGGCGGCAGCAGCCACCGACUAGUGUAGCGUAGUAGGACAAUUUUGGCCGGCGAACGGGGGUGCGGGGGAGAGAACAGAGAAAGAAAAA